CAGCGGGGUGGCCCGGCAGCUGGGGACGCGGCCAGAGCCCGGGGAAGCCGCUGCGGGGGCGAUGGCCGCGCCGAGCCCGGGGCCCCACGAGGUCCUGGCCCCCUCCCCAGAGGCUGGACACAGAGCUGCCACCUCGAGCUCUGGCCGCCGUGGCCUCCUCUGGCGUCUACGAGACAAGCAGUCUCGCUUAGGCCUGUUUGAGAUUGGCCCAGGGCAUGAGCUGCACCAGCUGACGUGUAUGAUGCAGGCAGGGCUGUGGGCUGCCACUCAAGUGUCCAUGGACCACCCACCCACGGGGCUGCCCACGGAGGAGGAUUUCUCCGAGGUCCUGACCCAGGUUCACGAGGGCUUCGAGCUGGGCACCCUGGCUGGCCCCGCCUUCGCCCGACUGCGGCGCUCCCUAGGGCUGGCAGAGGAGGACUAUCAGGCUGCGCUGGGUCCCGGCGGCCCCUACCUGCAGUUCCUCAGCACCUCCAAGAGCAAGGCCAGCUUCUUCCUGUCCCACGACCAGCGCUUCUUCCUGAAGACCCUGCGGCGCCGGGAGGUGCAGGCGCUGCUCGCCCACCUGCCCCGCUACGUGCAACACCUGCAGCGGCACCCACACUCGCUGCUUGCGCGGUUGCUGGGAGUGCACAGUCUGCGGGUGGCCCAGGGAAAGAAGAAAUACUUCAUCAUCAUGCAGAGCGUCUUCUAUCCCACCGGCCGCAUCUCCGAGAGGUAUGACAUCAAGGGCUGCGAGGUGAGCCGCUGGGUGGAGCCCGCCCCUGAGGGUAGCCCCCUUGUCCUGGUGCUGAAAGACCUCAACUUUCAGGGCAAGACCAUCAACCUUGGGCCCCAGCGGAGCUGGCUCCUCCGCCAGAUGGAACUGGACACCGCCUUCCUCCGGGAUCUCAACGUGCUGGAUUACAGCCUCCUGAUGGCCUUUCAGCGUCUCCAUGAGGAUGAGCGGGGCCCAGGCAGUAGCCUCAUCUUCCGCACAGCCAGGUCCAUGCGAGGGGUACAGAGCCUGGAGGAGCCGGAAACCCAGAACCGCCGGCUGCUGCCCGACGCCCCCAACGCCCUACACAUCCUGGACGGGCCAGAGCAACGCUAUUUCCUGGGCCUCGUGGACCUCACCACAGUCUACGGGCUCCGCAAGCGGCUGGAGCACCUGUGGAAGACGCUGCGCUACCCAGGCCGGACCUUCUCCACCGUCAGCCCAACUCGCUACGCCCGUCGCCUCUGCCAGUGGGUGGAGGCGCACACCGAGUGACCGGCGCCCAGCCGCGCUCUGCCCACCUGGACAAUGGUCGCCCGCUGGGGACGCGGGUUCCAGCCUGGCCCGGGCAGCGGGUCGGGCUCUCCUCGCCUGUUGUUCCUCCUCUUGGCCUCCAGAGGGCAGCAUCCCCUAAUUAAUAUUAUGAACUCAUUUUGCUGGGGAUGCUGUGCCUGGCAUUGUAUCAGGGACUCCCCUACAUUAGCUCAUUUAAUCCUCAAAAAAAAAAAAUGCUAUUAUUCUUUUUUUUUUUUACAGACCAUGAAAUGAAGGCUCAUGGGGUGAAGGGACUGAGCAAGAUCAUUCAGCAAUAAAUGCUGGAACCAGGACUCAACUAUGCCUUUUGGACUCAGGAGACUGUAUUCUUACUCACCAGCUCCCGCAGCCCUGUCCUCAUUGGGGAAGGGGGGAGGCUGAAGCCACCAAUCCCAG